AUGGCUUCCGAGUUCCAAAAUCAACUGACAGACUCGGUGUUAAGUUCCUCAGACUUACUACAUGACUUUUCCUGCUCUGUGUGCAAAGAAGACGAACUGAAUAUUGAAGCGGAACAUUUCUGUGGAGAGUGCUCCAAAUAUUACUGUGACAAGUGCCUGACCUUCCAUGCCAAAAUACACAAGCGCCAUGUUGUAUUAGGCCGUAACGAUGUGGACGAGUGGACGGAACUAGUUGACACACUGAUUACUUGUGACCUUCACCCUUCGAAGGUCUUAGAACUUCUGUGUGUGGAUCACGAUGUGCUCUGUUGUCACCUCUGCGUGCCGCUGAACCAUAGGUUAUGCAAGGACAUCAGCUUGAUAUCUGAGGUAGCCAGGGGCAUACCCAAUACGGCCGACUUCAAGCAACUUCCAGUCAAUGUUACCACGGUAACAGCCCGCCUAAACCAGAUAAGAGAGGCCACUAAGAAGAACCAGACCUCUCUCAAAGCUUCAGGCAAGUCCAUGCUAACGAAGAUCAAGGCCCUAAGGUUUUCACUGAACCAGCUGCUAGAUGAGCUGGAGAAAAAGACAGUGAAACAGAUGGAAGAUGUCUUGGCUGACCUGGAUGGGUCCCUUCAGAAGGAUAUUGACCACUGUGACCUCCUACAUGACCAACUCAAUGCCUUAUUAGAAACCACACAAGCCCGGAGCAGGGACAAUGAGUCCAGCUCCUACAUUGGCUACAGGAAAUGUCAGUUCAAGAUGGUAGAGGCAGAAAUACUACUCCAGGAGCUGUUGACCAAAACAGAGGCGACUAUCACUUUCCAGCCAGACAAACGAGCUAAACAAAUUCUGUAUGACUUAAAGUUACUAGGAAACACCCAUGCGUAUCGUGGUCCACAGUGUGAACAACCAUCUGAACAGACUUUCCUUCAAGGUUAUCAAUGUGAAAGAGACGUUUAACACUAACAGCGAAGUUCAAUACACUCAAAAAUUGAUUAUGAUAUUCAUGGCAUAACAAAACUUCCAGGUCGAGAGAUUGCUUUCUAGAUUGUAGAUAAUAACAAUUGCAGACUAUAGGGUAAAGACAGCAGAUACAAAGUAACAUCAUACUCUUAUCUUCCGGAGAAUCCACUGAACACCUGAAACAUCUCCGACCACCAAGUGGCUGUAACUAUGGUCGGUACCCUUCUGUCAGACAUGAGGUCAAUUUUCUCACCGAACAACAUUUUCACAAUUGAUACCACAGGUAAUAUUCUGGCCACAAUGCGUGGCAGUUACUUUAAUUGGUCGAACAGUGUAAAUCUGAAUGAGGGUGGACAGGUGCUAGUUUGUUCAACUAGACCCCACAUAGUGUUGGAAGUUGACCAGAAAGACAGGAAGAAGCUGGACAUACUGGUCAGAAAUGGAGAUUGCAUCAACUUACGUCGGCUACACUGUUGCAUUAU